GGGUCUUAUCACAGGAAUGUCACUACGAGAAAUUCUGCACGUUUGGAAGUUCUUACAUUGCAGCUUCAUAUGUGAAGUUUUUGGAGUCUGCUGGUGCCCGAGUUGUGCCAAUAAGAUUAAAUCUGUCAGAUGAAGAAUAUGAUAAAAUAUUCCACUCUAUUAACGGGGUACUUUUUCCAGGAGGUGGUGUGGAUCUUAAGACUUCAGAAUAUUCCAGGGUUGCUAAGAUAUUUUACCACAAGGCGUUAGAGGCUAAUGAUAGAGGAGAUUAUUUCCCAGUGUGGGGAACAUGUCUAGGACAUGAAGAGCUUACAUAUCUCACCAGUGGCGAAGUUCUACUUGCUAAUACCAAGACACAGGGUGUUGCACUGCCUCUGAACUUUACCUCAGCUGCAAAAGACAGCAGAUUAUUCAAGAAUUUCCCUGAUGACAUACUGCAUGCAUUUGCCACUGAGCCUCUGACAGCAAACUUUCAUAUGUGGAGCCUCUCCAUGGAGAACUUCACAAAGAAUGAAAAACUUCAUGAUUUCUACAAUGUUCUGACCACUAACAGGGAUGGAGAAAUGGAGUUUAUAUCCACCAUGGAAGCAUACAAAUACCCAAUUUAUGGCGUCCAGUGGCACCCAGAGAAAAGUCCUUUUGAGUGGAAAAUUUCACCAGGGAUUCCCCAUUCUCCAUCAGCUGUAAGAGCAGCUUAUUAUAUAGCUGACUUCUUCGUUAACGAAGCCCGGAAGAGCCAGCACCGCUUCCCCAGCGAAGACGAGGAAACAAGAGAAUUGAUUUAUAAUUACACUCCAAUUUACACAGGAACGUUUUCUUCAUUUCAGCAGACCUAUUUUUUUGACUGAGUUUUGUGUCAGAGGUGCAGUGUUG